AUGGACCAUCUGAAGGCCAGCGUCCACGUGCUGGAGAAGCUCGCGGAGGUGGCGCUUGUGGAGGCGAUGACGGCGCGGGAGUACCAGGCGAUGACGGCGGGGGAGUACCAGGCGCAGCAGGGCACCGGAGGAGCUACGGGCGUUGAAGACAAUGGAUUUAAGCCGAACGAGGGCGGCAGCGUUUAUGGCGGAGAUGCUAUUGUUUUGGAGCAUGUUUCUAAUAGAGAAAUAAAUACUCCUCCCUGUAUCAUGCUGUAUGUAGCACACUUAGUCAGCUCCCCUCCGCGGCAAGCGUUGCAACCGCGCGUAAUUCAGGCCUCCAACCUAACCCUUCAUAUAUACUUCCCUCCAUUUUCCACCUACCCCAGCUCCAGCUCCACCUCGACAUCCCUCUCUCCCGCUCCGCACAUCUCAUCUAAUACCCCCCUCCCAAAAAAAAUGUCACUUUCGUCCGAGAUAAUCACCCUACUGACCCACCUCAACGGCACAGUGGGCCACGUCACCUCCCCCGGCCAGCACGAACUGCUAUCACCGGAAGAGCGCAAAGCCGUCAUGGACCAUGUGAGUGCCACCGUCGAGGUGCUGGCGCAGCUAGCGGAGGUUGCGCACGUGGAGGCGCUGACGGCGCAUGGCGGUAUGGAAAAUGUGGGGGAUGAUGAUGUAGCGCAAUUCAGGCAGAGGAUUAGGGCUGCGACAGAUGAAGAAGGGGAGGGGGCGGAGAGGUCGGCGAGGAAAGGGAAGUCGAAGCCGAAGGGGGAACAGGCCCGGAGAAGUGAAGAGACGUUGAGUGCUUUUCUUGGGGUUCUGUUCAAUAGUCUGGAAUGCUCUAACUUCUUUGGUAAGGAACAGGGGUUGGGAGUUUCAUUGAUCGAGGCAGCAUUUAUGGAUGCUUCUGAUAGAAAAAUAAAUACUUGUCAAACUUCCUCACCGCCGAAACCACGCCACAAGACACCACCCCCACCACCACCACCACCACCACUACACCACAUCUUCCGCACCACGAUUGCAAACCUCUCAUACAAGAAUGACGCUAGCAGAUCCUCCCACUGCUCGGCCACACCACCAACAGUCGCCUCCACUGCCCGUAGAGCACUGCAGGUUAGCCCUUCUGCAGCUCGUUGCGACAGCCGAAGCCGCGGGGACGCUCGCCGAGGUUGCGCGCGGCGAAAUGCUGACCGCAGGUGCGGGGUGUAA